GCUGAACUCACUCUGAGAAAAAUGUCACACGAAUAGAACCCUAAUCCCAAAUCGACUGUCGAUCAUUGUGAAAUCGGUUCAUGGAUCAUCAUUGUUGCUCGCGAAAUUGAAAUCUGCCACUGAGCUGAUGAAUUUCUUUUGCUGGUUUUGAAGCGGUUUAAGAACACGAUUGAAGAUCCUUGGCAGCGAUAUCUUGUUCUCACGGCGACGACAGUGGAAUGAACAGAACAUCCUCAACUCAAGGUUUUUGUUUCCUUAUGUAACAAGUGCUCCGGUACUAAAUUAGUUGAUCAAGCAUGGUGGUUGGAGCAAUAUUGCGCCAUAGAUUUCUUCUUCACUUCAGUCCUAUUUCAAACCAAUGUUCUUCAGUUCGUUUAGUGUCUUCUUUGCAAAAGGUUGAGCAGGCUGUUAGAGCUGAAGUAGAAGCCAAAAACUACAUCAAAAUUCCUGACCUUCUCAUGUCCUUGGAGUCCUGCCAAAACUCAAAUCCUUUUUCUUUUCUUUCUUCUUUUCCUCAAACCUUACAAGUACAAAUUGUUGAUGAAAUGUUGCAAUCUUUUAUACCUCUUAGACCUCGCUCUAAACCUCAGCUAGCCUAUUCCUACAUUCUUUCUUAUACCCUCCAAAGUUCACAUCCCUUCCCUGUUGCACUUGCUGUCCUACAACGGACUCUACGUUCUGGUUGUCUUCCAGUUCCUCAGACACAUGUUCUCCUCUCAUCUGCUUGGUUAGACAGGCGACUUCUGCCUCUUUCUGUAGCUAAUAUUUUACUUGAGAUGCCGUCAAUUGGAUAUCAUCCUGACUGUGGGACUUGUAAUUAUCUACUAUCAUCCCUUUGUGCUGUUGAUCAAUUAGCGGAGGCUGUUAAAGUCCUGAAGGGCAUGGGUGGAGCAGGAUGUAUUCCUGAUUCAAAUAGUUAUGGCAUUGUCAUUGGUGCGAUGUGCAGAGUGAGGAAGACUUCUGAGGCACAGGAUUUGAUGAAACAAAUGGUGGUGAAAUAUGGGUUGACCCCAGGACAGGGAACACUGGUGGGAUUGUUUGCAGCAUUACGGGCAAACAGGGACAUAAGACAAGCUAUCGAGAUGAUUGAAUUCCUGGAGAAAGAGGGUUACUCUGUUGGAUUUGAGAGUUAUGAAGUGGUAAUUGAAGGAUGCUUGGAGAAACGUGAGUAUGUUUUGGCUGGAAAGGUUGUGAUAAGGAUGACAGAAAGAGGUUUUAUACCAUAUAUCAGAGUCAGGCAGAAGAUAAUUGAAGGUUUAGCCAGUAUCAAUGAGUGGAAGAUAGCUUGUGCUGUGAGACAAAGAUUUGCAGCACUUAAAUCUUAGCUGUAAACUUAUUUGCAGUUGGCCAAUUACAACUCUUAAUCCUGAAAAGGAACUGCUCACUACUGAGGGGGAUCUGGAACCUACAAAUUUUUCUUGGUAUAGUUGGAUGGAGAAGAAGAUGAAAAUGGAGUGACAUUUGCUGUCAAUUAGCCUCCAAGUAUUUGCUUAAUGCUUGACAGGGUAGGUAGCAUCCAUGGCAAUGCCACAAGUACCACCUUUAUUCCUAGCACCCCGCUUCAUCCUAACCUAACUAGAUUCACCGCAGUCAUUUCCCCAUGAACUUUUCACAAUCCUGUACUUUUUACCAUUUUCUUCAUACCAAUUAUUGUCAUGCCAUGAUUGAGGUUCUUUCCGUAACUUCCCGAAAAAAUACAUUUUGAAUAAAAUUGGAAUGUAUAACCUCCAGCAUCAGUUGCAACAGAGACAGGUUGAUGAACAACUGCAGAUUUUAGCAUUUUCUUAUUACCAGCAGAUACCUUUUCAUAGCCACCUAUGGUGACUGCAUGGUCUCUAGCUUUGGCCUUGUUGAGUUACCAUCUGUUCCUUGAUAAGGAUACGCUUCAUCAGUGGCAAGCCGACCGUGCUUGCUGAUGUAGGUGAAAGCUGUUUCCAUCUCGCCACCUUCACAGCCUUGGUUCCCAUUUCUAAUAUCACAAUCUAUCAGCUGUUGUUCAGACAGAGAAACCAACUUCCCUGUUUUUAUUUUGUUGGUGCCUUCAACAGCUGCCACUGCGGAGAAUGCCCAACCUCCCGCAUCAAGAGAGUAGACACAAAUGUGAAAACGUUAAAACAUGUUCUUUUGCUAAUCAUCAGAUCAGAUGACUUUUCAUACGCUCAAUUGUAAGGAAUUUACUUAUGUAUGAGAUUCUAGAAGACAUCUAUCUCUAUUCUCUAAUUCAUGUGGUCAGAUUCAAAACUUUUAACA